AUGAAGACUUCCAAGAAGCAGAAGAAGGCGCAAACUACGGAGCUGCCGGAGGAGCUUGUCUUGGAGAUCCUGAUACGACUGCCGGUGAAGUCUCUCCGGCGCUUCAAGUGCGUCAGCAAGGCCUGGCGCACAACGAUGUCUGGCCCCUACUUCAUCCGCUCGCACCUCCAGUUCUCCGCCUCCAGAUGGGAGCAGAACCCAUCUUUGCUCAUCACCCCGCAUACGCUUGAUCGUGAUGUCCAAGGUGAGAACUGGCCGACGAAUUUCUCCAACAAUAUUCGCUUCUACCAGUGGUGGCAAGGUGCCUCCAAGGCGAGGCUCGUCCAUGGCAGGGACUUCGACGACGAGUUCCGUUCAGUCUGCUGCUUUGCCCACUGCGACGGCUUGGUGCUUCUCCCCACGGAUACCAAGGUGUACCUCUUCAACCCAGCCACUAGGGAUGUUCUCACGCUGCCGGAGAGUAGCCGCAACAAGAGGCCUGGCAUCAUCGGCCUCCCGGUGGGGUUCGGUCGUGAUCCUCGCACCGGCAUGUACAAGGUAGUCCGGUCCUUCUUCCGCUCUAGAGAUGCCGAGACAGGCGUGCACAGCAUGGGGAUGGAGGUGUGCACCGUCGGAGGUGGCGGCCUUCCUCCUUGUUGGAGGGAAACCGCCUCUGAUCAACCAUACCCAGUCGCGGCGUGGGUGACCGCCCAAACUGUCAAGGGGUGUCUGUAUUGGAUCAUAAUCGACAGAAGGCAUCUCAAGCCACGUCCACAUGGCCUUCUCCGCUUUGGCCUGGAAGACGAGACGUUCAGCGUUACCCGUUUGCCUGAUUCACUGGACUCUGGAGAUGACGAUUGCUUCAACUUGGAUGUGAUGGGCGGGGAGUUAUGUCUGACUGGCAGUCGUCUUGGGGAGCCUGACGUGCAUCCUCUGACCAUCUGGGCGCUCGUAGAAGACGACGGGCCGAGGUCCCUAUGGGAACAACGUUACACGAUAUAUGUCACAUACCUGUGCCAUCCGAUCAGCCUUCUUCCAAACAGCGGCGGCGCGAUGAUGAUAUGGCUAUCCAGCAAACUCUACCGCUACGACCUGCAGUCUAGUGAACUGACCGUCGUAUGCGACCUGGAAAGACUCAGAUACGAGCGCCGUAGGACAGGCUCCUUUGGGUCUGCAGAGAAGGAUGUCUACUUCUUCAACGUGAUACCUUACACCGAGAGUCUCGUUUCAAUUACUGAUUAG